UUUUUUCAAGCAAUAAAGUGUUAAUUCAUCUUAAGUGAUAAAAAUGUAUUUAAUUAUAAAUACAUUUAUGUAGUGAUAUGUUACUGAUAAGAUAUGCUGUUAAAGGUCAAUUUCAUAAUCAAUCUGCUGAUAAUAGCUGGCCGAGCUCCUAGCGUCAAAUUGGAAUAAAAGCUCUGUUUGCUUCUCUUCUCCAUUCGCAUCACAUUCAUCACGUAAAAUGAGCGGUCCCAUUUAUUAUGGCGCAGAAUUGGUGCGUCGUGUGCUCACCUGGCAGCUGGUCAACGAUGCCGUCGAGGAGGCUUUAAAAGCGGUUGCUGCGCAAUCAAGGAAUGCGCCACAAUUGCCGUAUGUCGUCAGCCAACCGAUGCGCAGUGUGACCAUUGCCGGCACAGAGCGUAGCCAACUGCUGUUCACCAUGCCCGCCUACGUGGGCAACUACCGUUUGACUGCGGCAGGCGCAGCUGGAGAUGCCGGCAAUGCAACACGCUCGACUCUGGCCUGCAAGCUGGUUACAUCGUUCCGGGGUAAUCAAGAGCUGCAGCCGCCGUUGCCAAGCAUUGCGGCCAACAUACUUCUGUUCAACGCAGGAACAGGCGAAAUAGAUGCCAUCAUGAGCGGCACUGAUAUCACCACUUGGCGCACUGCAGCCGCCUCUGUGGUGGCCACCAAAUAUCUGUACUUUGGUCGCUUCAACGCAGCGAUCAGUGAGUUGCCCAUCAAGGUGGCCAUCAUCGGUUGUGGAACUCAGGGCGAGAUACACGCUGUGGCCAUGUGCUCCAACUUUAAGGUGGAGCAGCUGCUGCUCUACAAUCGCACUGCAACACGUGCCCAGCAAUUGGCCGACAAACUGCGCAAAAUGACGAACUUGCAGCACACGCCGGAGAUUAUUGUUUGCAACUCAGCGCGCGACGCUGUGCGAGAUGCGAAUGUCAUUUGUGUGGCCACGUUCAGUCGGGAGCCGCUCUUCAAUGCCUGCGAUCUUGGCUCAAAGCGUGGACUACACAUCAACGCUGUUGGAGCUGGCGAAGUGGCUUUCGGCGAGGUGGCCACAGAUGUCUACCAGCAAUCGGAAGUGUUUGUCGAUAGCCUGGCCAAUGCCGAGCACGAGCUAAAGGGAUUUCCCGUGUGUAUUGCUGGCGAAGUUGGCAACGUUAUCAAUAAAGACUACAAACCGGAGCCAACGUCGAUGACACUUUUUCAAUCGAUGGGAAUGGCAUCUGAGGAUGCCUGUGUAGCCGAAGCCGUUCGCUCAGCUCUCCUAACUAUCGAUUCCUAAUGGAAUAAGUCAUUGCUUGAAUUAACGUUGCUAUAACAAUGGAAUUCGUUAAUUGGAAAUUUAAAAGCAAAUUACAUUGAACUUAUUAAAAACGUCACCUCACCUGAUCUUCGUUUUGAAUGCGCUUGACUUCGCGAAUAUGGACACCACGUUGACACACGAGACUUUCCAACUCGCGCUGCAGAUCAGCGUCCUCCUUUUUG